AUGGAUGUGGCCAACAACACUACCUCCCCAGAGCGCUCUCCCGAGGGGACAGGCGGCCCCGGCCUCGCCGAGGGAUACCAGCUGCUCACCUCCCUGCUCUUGGGCACUCUCAUCCUGUGCGCCGUGAGCGGCAACGCCUGCGUGAUCGCGGCCAUCGCCCUGGAGCGCUCCUUGACGCUGGGGCAGGUCACCUGCGACAUCUUCAUCUCGCUGGACGUGCUGUGCUGCACCUCUUCCAUCCUGCACCUGUGCGCUAUCGCCUUAGACAGGUACUGGGCCAUCACGGACCCCAUCGACUAUGUCAACAAGCGGACUCCCCGGCGGGCCGCCGUGCUCAUCAGCCUGACCUGGCUCAUCGGCUUCUUGAUAUCCAUCCCGCCCAUGCUGGGCUGGAGGACGCCCGAGGACCGCUCGGACCCCGACGCCUGCACCAUCAGCAAGGACCACGGGUACACCAUCUACUCCACCUUCGGCGCCUUCUACCCCACGCUGGUCCUCUACGGCCGCAUCUUCAGGGCGGCCCGCUUCAGGAUCCGCAAGACCGUCAAGAAAGUGGAGAAGAAGAAAAUCGCCGACACCUGCCUCACUCUCUCCCCGGCCGCCCUGCAGAAGAAAAGCAACGGGGAGCCCGGCCAGGGCUGGCGGCGGACUGUGGAGCCCAAGCCCGCUGUCUGUAUCAACGGCGCGGUGCGGCAGGGCGAGGAC